GCAUGUGUAAAGAUGCGUACGAAAUCGUAUUACUGAAUUCUGAAAUAUUCUUUUAUCUCCAAAAAUGUAAAAAUGAAAAAUCGUACUCAAUGAAUUCAAAUUAUAACUUAUCUUCUUUAAAAAAAAUGCUUGUUUUCAUUAAUUGUAAGGUGGUGUUUUGCAUUUCGAUUAUUAUGUCAAUGGCGUUGGAAAACAAGCGGUGGAUUGCUUGCUCUUGAAAUGGAUUAUCACAGAACUGAUGAUCAAAAUACAGUCUGAGAAAAUCUGUACAGUUAGAAAUUUCUUUAGUCGUGGUAAAGUUGUGGUAUGGUAUAAGUAAACCAUUUCUCCUGAAAUUUUUAGCUUAGGGAAGGUUUAAAGUAUGGAUGCUUAAUAUCCCUCGCUUUCACACUCAAAACAGUAAUUUUACUAAUUUAUCCUCAAACUUGGUAUAUAGAAAAUUUUGUUCUUAUGCAUAUUCAUUGUGAGAGCAAUGACUGUGAGUUUUGGCUUCCCUUACGGCAUUGUCGGCUUUUUAUCGUUUGCGAUACUUGCUAGUUGCCUCAAAGUAAAAUCUGAUCAAGUUCUCAACGAUUAUAUUCUUCACUUCGAGCCCGUAUUUUAUGACCAAUACUUCCUCAGAGACCAACAUCGUCGUUCCAUCCGUUCCCCUAUGGACCGAUAUUUCACUCUUCAGUUCACAGCUUUUAAGAGAGUGUUCCGCCUAAGACUGAAACGAGACACGUGGGUUUUCGCCGAAGAUACGAAAUUCGAGAGUUCCAAAACUGCCGUCCAAUACGAUAAAGCACGUGCUCUCGCAGGAUUUGUGGAAGAAACUUCUGAACUUCGGGCUGCACGUACAUGCAUGUCUGGAAAGAAUAACAUAAUAAUUAAGAGAAGUAUGCAUAUCAAUUAAUUGCCUUUCUAGGAGCAGCUUAUAAGUUAUAAUUUGCAUUUCUUAUUUUCUUUUUAUGUUUUAGUUAUAUUUAUUUUAAGUUAAUUGUUUAUGAUUUGUUUUUGUUGUUUUAUUAAAAUUAUUUUUUCCCUUCUG